AUUUCCUAUGUACUUUCUUAUAGUAUAUACGGAUAUUAUUAUAUAUCCGUUGACAACCAUCAUUUUUCGCAGAAGGACAUAAAAAACUAGAUGUAACAAAACAGCAUAUGUAACCUAACAAACGUGCUACAAAAUUCAGAAAAAGUAUAAAAAGUAUGAGAAGUAUAACCAAUCAACACCAUGUGUGAAUGUUGUUGUCCUACUAACCAAUCAAACAACAAAGUCUCCCCAGGAACUGAUGCGUAUGUGACACAUUAUGGACGCGUCAAUGGUUGGUCUUGUCCCUGGCAUCCAUUACAAUUUGUUGGAUGGUUCUUCAUCCUUUUAUUUGCCAUAACACAUUUCGCAAUUUUAGUUCAUUAUUUACCCUUGGAAUGGAUUCCAGCUGGUGUUAUUAUACCAGCUAGCGGCUAUUUUAUUCACCUUGUAUAUCACUUUCUGGCAUUGACAUUAGAUCCUGCAGAUUUGGCUGUGAGGAAAAAAGGAAUCUUUCCAAAACAUAGCUUUGACCAAACAAAACACAAGCAUGUUAUAGAGAAUAGCUAUUGUUACAUAUGUCAAACAGAAGUGUCAUCACACAGUAAGCAUUGUUCUGUAUGCAACAAGUGUGUAUCCGAUUUUGAUCAUCACUGCAAAUGGUUGAAUAAUUGUGUUGGUGGUAGAAAUUAUAAGUUGUUUCUUGGAAGCUGUAUAUCAGGUUUUGCCACUGCUCUUGUUAUGUUCAUCAUCGAUUUAUACUUAGUGGUUGCAUACUAUGUUGAUCGACCUUACGUUUUACCAAGAAGUGCUAUGGACGAUUGGAAAUUAUUUGUACCAGUUUGUAAAGAAGCGUACAUUAUUUUCACCAUUGUCAAUGGAGUGUUACUAUUAAUUGCAAUGGCGCUACUUGGACAUCUUCUCAUAUUCCAUGGAUACCUGAUUUGCAAGAAGAUGUCCACGUAUGAGUAUAUUAUAAGAGAACGUCAAAGGAGUAGUAUGAAAGAUUUCACCUCAGAUGUCGAAUCUUCUGGCGAUCCAAGUGUACCACCCAAACCGUUACACCCGUUAAAUUCUACGCAUACACACCACGAAACGCACUACACUCAGGACACAUACGUGAAAGGGAUUUAUGAAGAGCCAUCUGAUAAUGUACGAAUCUACGCCGAGUUGAACAGUGGUAGGCAAUCCAGAGCAAGUCAUGAACGUGUUUCAUACGUGGGUACGCCGGAAACCAAUAGUGUUCGUGUUACUGACAAUCAGAUGACUUCUACCUCUGGUUAUGAGUUAUCAGAAAGACCUCUACCUGACCAAUGCGAGGAAAGUUUGGACGAAGCCGUUGCGGAGAGUAAAAAGAAACGCAGGCUGAAACAUCGUACUUCAAGCAAAGUAGGCUUGAUACAAUCGGAAGUGAACGAGCAUCAAAGUGAUUUAUCGCCGACGCUGUCCAAGCGGUCAGUGGAGAGCGAUCACGACCGUUACAACAGAAAUAUAGAUGAAAUGGUGCUAGAUGAUUUCCGAUCGCCUAAAGUAAGUCGUGUAAGCAGAACGUCCAGACCGUCUCACCUUACGGAAGAAUCCGCGUACGCUAACAUUCAGGAACAACGAAACGAGUCGGUAGUUUCAAGACCCAGGUCUCCAUCUCCCGAGUCGACUCAUCGCUUAUCGAAUGUUCAAGAGACUGAUUAUCUUUUCUUGACACGUGGUAAAGCGUCCCAAAGCUCGUUAUCAACACUAAAUUUACAAGACCACGCAGAAGAUGGAAAACCUACGUCGCCGCGUGUCAGUUUAUCAUCGCGACCUAUAUUGACGCCGACGAAGGAAGAAUCUGUGCACAGUAAGUCAUCGAAUACAAGUCUCCUCUCCCCCUUACAAGAAAAUAGCUCUACAAAAGGCGAUGUCCAAGAUGAAUCUUUUUUAAUCGAAGAUGGAAGGAUCGUUUCCCCAAAUCCUAGUUUGUCAAAACAACCAGUGUAUGGCACGCAAGAACAAGGUGCUAUAUUAUCACCUGUGCCAAGUUAUUCAUCUCAGUUGUCUCUGUCUAACGCUGGGGGCAUGCGAGGGAUGUCUCCAACCAACACGCGAAAUUCCACCCAGGGUGCGUACGUAACAGAAGACGGAAGAGUAAUAUCACCUAAAACUCAUCGAAGAGAGACUCCACGACAGAGUACAACGUCGGAGCUAACAAACGUGACUUACGACAGCAACUAUGACUCAGACAUGCGUCGCCUGUCUCAAGCUCAUCCCGCAAGUGAGCAACUUAUUUCUUCUCCUCUUGGUAGCGAGACCAAACUUACUCAGGGCGUUCCCGGUGAGAAACCUGUACAGAAAAAAAGCACGGAUGAUUUGAAAGUUACCAAUGUUUUUUCUGAGGAUGAAAGUUUGAUUUUUGAAGAUGAAUUCAUUAAUGUGAGCGAUCAAAACAAUGAAUUCUUGCAAGCUUCUGUACAAGCAGCUAAUGCGAACAUAUUGGCGGAAGAUCGUCGAAGAAAGCUUUCGAAAAGUCCUAACGCGUUUACCAACGAUCCCCCCACCGAUUCGCAAGUUGGUUUGUCGGAACCUGGAUUUUUAAGUGACGCUGAUAGUCAAAAAUUAGCAGGCUAUGUCGAAGCCUUCAAGAAAAAAAGAAAUUCCAGUCAGUACUCUUUUGGCUCUGAUUCGGGUGGUUCAGGUUCUGACAUACCGUUAGCAGUGUUGAAUGAGGAAACCGAUACUUACGCCUUGACAGAUUCGUUGAACCGAGUCAAGAAAUUAAGUGAUGCGUUUCCGUCAGCGAUAGAUCAGGAGAAAUUAAAGAAACGUUCCUUGCCACACCCACGCUUUAAAUCAACCGAAUCGAUGGCAGAAUUGUCGGUUGUUGAAUAUAACCGCAAAAAGAAACUCAAAAAGAAGCGCCCUGGUACUGGUAGUAAGCAAAAGAAUCUCCCGCCAUUACGAGGUAGAAAACCUUUAGCGGAGGUUACAGAAGAGAGCGAUCAAAUCUAAAUCGUACACCUUUGCGUACAAAAGCAGUACGGCAUUUAUGUAAACCAAUUACGUCUGUGGAAUGUGGUAAAUUCUGUACGAGAGCUUCCCGAAAAGAAUGGGGAAGAUUUCAUAAAGAUAUUUUUACUAGAACUAUUAAAAUAUUCUUGUUGUUAUAAAGAGAUAUUUUUUAAAGACAAAACUUAUUUAAACUUUAACUACCAGUCAGCUUUUUACUAGUCUCAAAGCAUUUCAUGAUUGGUGGAAAAGAUUUAUGCACGCGUUCGAUAACAGACGAUUUUUUAUAAGAUCUAAGUAAACUUUUCGCUUCAGUGCCUACGUCUAUUCUUCAAAAUCACUGAUUUAAGAACACUUCAGUCAUUAUUCGUAGAUUAUUUAUACAAUCAGAUGUAUUAUAUGAUCGGUAUAGUAGUUCAAGGUGAUUUCGUCUGCAUUUAUCAUCAAAAUGUUCAAGCAAGCAUAGAAUUAUUUUUUAUGAAAAAAAGACUUCGUAAAAAGUAACCACAGAUGCUUCUGAUGUUUUGAACUUUGAACUCUGUUUUGAUAUUUUAUUGCAUUUCGCGCGAAACUUAAAAUAUCAAUCAAUUAACACGCACCAAUAAUUAUAUUUUAGUGGAUGUGUUUUUUUUACUAGCAAACAAGCAACGUUUAUCUGUUACUAUUUUGAAAUGCAUUACCAUGAUUUCGUGCGUUUUUAUGAAAGUUUAAAUAAUAAAAAAAAUAUAUAGCUCAAACGUACUUUUGCGUGUACUCGUUUCGUUCAAUUUUGUUAUAUAGAAAUCACCUCUAAUAAGAUUGUAUAAAAUAUAUGUAAAAAAGUAAAGUAAAUUUUUAUAAAAAUGUGAGGAAAAAUUAGCUAUGUAUAAAAAGAUUGCAAAUAAUUAAAGAGAAAUUAUCA